CUUAUUUUGUCUUCCUUUCUUCUGUUAACUAGAUAUUUUUUGUUGUUAUUCUUUGUAAGCUAGCUAGCUUCUUCCAGGAGAGUCCCUAGCAACUGCUUAGCCAUGUGAGAUCUGUCUGUGCCUUUGUGGCUGACGAGGUACAGAGCUGCUUCCAGCUGCUUCCAGCCCCCUGCAGCCACCUUACCAGUCCUCCCUGUCGUCGCCGCAGCCAUCUCCACCGCACCUCCAGACAUCCGAGCAGAGGCAGACCCGGCUUCUUCCCACAUGGAGGUUGUGGACAUCACCGCUAACAUAGAGGCAGACCAGGCGUCUUCCCACUUGGAGGUUGUGGACAUCACCGCUAACAUAGAGGCAGACUCUGCUUCUUCCCACCUGGAGGUUGUGGACAUCACCGCUAACAUAGAGGCAGACCCUGCUUCUUCCCACCUGGAGGUUGUGGACAUCACCGCUAACAUAGAGGCAGACUCUGCUUCUUCCCACCUUGAGGUUGUGGACAUCACCCAUAACACACAGGCAGACACGGCAUCUUCCCACCUGGAGGUUGUGGACAUAACAUGUAAGACAGAGGCAGACCCGGCCUGUUCCCACCUGGAAGUUGCGGACAUCGGCCCUAAAACAGAGGCAGACAGAGCUUGUUCCCACUUGGAGGUUGUGGAAAUAACCCCUAAGACAGAGGCAGACCCGGCUAAUUCACACCUGGAGGUUCAGGACAUCACCCCAGAGACACAGCAAGAUCCAGCUUCUUCCCACCUUGAGGUUGCGAACAUCACCCGUAACAAAGAGGCAAAUCCGUCUUUUUUCCACCUGAAUGUUGUGGACAUCACCCCUAAGAGAGAGGCAGGGCCCAUCUCUUCCCUCUUGGAGGUUGUGGAUGUCACACCUGAAGAAAGGACGCUCAAGAUGGCCGUCUUCGCCACUUUGCCAACUGACAUCCAAGCAGAGGAUGUUGCUGUGAUCAUCCCAGAUGUCACCCCACACGUCACCAAGGAUGUGACACUGGAUGUUCCAUGCAAAGCAGCAUGCAAAGGGAAAGUCCGGCAAUUUAUUUUCAGGCUUUGGAGGGCAGUGUGCUGCUGCACCUGCCACAAGGAAGAGGAGGAACAAUAUUAGUUAUUCAUCAGACCUUCAGAAAAGGGAUUGAACCAUAGACCAUUAAAUUAUUCACAUUAUAAUUGGAUUCACUUUGCUUUUCUUCUGUUUACUACUUAAUUUCAGAACAUUUCUAUAAACUUUCUCUUUGCAAGUGUGGAGUAGGUUGUGUAAAUAAGUGGGAAACAUCCCAAUUGUCAUGCAGGUGAAUGA